AUGUUCACUAAAAGAGCUAAUUUAGCUAAAGUUCUACAUCUGAGUUUGAGAUCAAGGGGACACAACUUUCUCAAUCACGCACGGUUGGCUCACAAUGUUAUUGGCAUAGAUCUCGGAACUACCAAUUCUGCAGUAGCAUUGGUAGAGGGGGACCAAGCCAGGAUCCUCGAGAACGAGGAAGGUGGCAGGACAACACCUUCAAUUGUUGCGUUCAACGAUAAAGAUACCUUGGUAGGCUUACCAGCCAAAAGACAAGCUCUCGUGAACUCCAGAAAUACGUUUUUCGCAACCAAACGACUCAUUGGGCGUAAAUUCGAAGACGAGGAAGUCCAGAAAGACAUCAAAAACACCCUGUUUAAGAUCGUUGAGCAUCAAAAUGGAGAUGCUUGGUUGGAAACAUCAGAUGGUCGCCAAUUCUCCCCAUCUCAGAUCAGUUCCGUGGUGCUCCAGAAGAUGAAACACAUUGCGGAGUCACACCUUCCUGAGGAUGUGAAGCACGCCGUCGUGACUGUUCCCGCAUACUUCAAUGACUCUCAAAGGCAGGCCACCAAGAGUGCUGGCCAAUUGGCUGGUCUUGAGGUUUUGAGAGUUAUCAACGAACCUACUGCAGCUGCCUUGGCAUACGGUAUCGAUCAAAAGAAGCCAGAUGGUAUAGUGGCAGUCUUUGACUUUGGAGGAGGAACUUUCGAUGUUUCAAUUUUGGAUAUUGAGGACAAAGUCUUUGAGGUCAGGGCAACCAAUGGUAACACCCACUUGGGUGGAGAGGAUGUUGAUUUGAUGCUUCUCAACUUUAUCUUGGACAAGUUCAAAGCUGAACAUGGUGUCGACCUACUGAGCGACAGAAUGGCAAUUCAAAGAAUAAGGGAGGCAGCUGAAAAAUGCAAAAUAGAAUUGUCGCAUGUCAAAGAGACCGAGAUCAACAUACCCUUUAUCACUAAAGACAAACACAUCAAAUUGAAGCUCACAGAAGAUGAAUUGGACGAGAUGAGUCUUCCAUAUAUCAACAAAACUAUAGAUCCGGUCAAAAGAUGUCUUCGUGAUGCAGAGUUGAAUGCCAAAGAUAUUGACGAGGUCAUUUUGGUCGGUGGAAUGACAAGAAUGCCUAAGAUCAGAAAAGUCGUUGAAGAUUUGUUCAAGAAAGCUCCAAACACAUCAAUUAACCCAGAUGAAGCUGUGGCGUUGGGUGCUGCUAUCCAGGGUGCCGUCCUUUCCGGACAAAUCAAGAAUGUGGUCCUUCUAGAUGUUACCCCUUUGACUUUGGGCAUCGAGACUUACGGUGGUAUUUUCAGUCCACUCAUUCCUCGCAAUUCUGCUGUGCCUCUAAAGAAGGAGCAGGCUUUCUCGACUGCAGUGGAUGGCCAGACAGGUGUGGAGGUGAGAGUCUACCAAGGCGAAAGACCUCUUGUGAAGGACAAUAAGCUAAUCGGCAACUUCAAGCUCGCUAAUAUCCCUUCAGGUCCAAAGGGCACACCACAAAUUGUGGUUUCGUUCGAUAUCGAUGCCGACGGUAUCAUCAACGUUUCUGCUACUGACAAGACUCCAUACCCAGAAGACUCCCCUCACUACGGUAAGCCUAAUACCGUCAGUAUCCAGGUUACGGGUCAGACCAGCAUGUCUGAAGAAGAGAUUAAGGAGGUCUUGAAGCAGAGCGCAGACAAUGCCAAGAAGGAUGCCGAAUACAAGCAACAUGUUGAGAAUGCCACUCGUGUGGACAUCUUGUGUACGGAUGCUGAAAACGCUGUCACCCAGUUUGGAAAGCUCAUGGAUGAGGAGGACACUAAAGCUAUCAAUGAGAUUAUCGACUCGCUCAAGGCCAAGGUGAGUGAUGUCCGAGAAAAGGGCAUCCUUCACGAUGUUGCAAAAAUGACGGAAGAGGUAAACCAAAUGCAACAGGUGACAAUGGCAGCUGUGAAAAAGGUUGCAGUCAGACAGCAACAACAGAAGAAGGAGCAGUCACAGUAA